AAAUAUUCAACAGUAGUCCCAAGCUCCUCUUGGUGUCACCAAAGAGACCAAAACCCAUUUUCCUCCACUCAUACCAUACCCCUAUCUGUUUAGCAAAAGCCAACAAACCCAUUGCAUAAUUAGUUAAUUACUAGACUAGGCUUCUUCCUAAAACACCCACUUCGUCUCUUUAUAUUUCUUCCUCUGUUUCACCAUUUUCUUCCCCCUUCUUCUCCACUUCUGUCCCCUCAAACAGCAAAUUCCGGCCAUAGCCACAUUCCAGUUUCUGCAGAUCAGUCCAGUUUCCGGCAGUUCCCCAGCAAGGAGAAGGUGAAAAUGGCACAGAUUUCAGCACCAUCUACACAAUGGCAGAUGGGAAUGCCAAAGAACUCCACCUGUGAAAGUCCCAUUACAACCAAGAUGUGGAGUUCUCUGCUAUUGAAACAGAACAAAGCAGCUAAAACCCCUGCCAAAUAUAGAGUGCUUUCUGUGAAGUCUGAAAGUGGAACUAUCAAUAGGUUGGAGAAGUUACUAAACUUGGACAUCACUCCUUACACCGACAACAUCAUUGCUGAGUACAUUUGGAUUGGAGGAAGUGGAAUUGAUGUGCGUAGCAAGUCAAGAACAAUUCCAAAGCCUGUUGAACAUCCCUCUGAGCUUCCCAGGUGGAACUAUGAUGGGUCAAGUACUGGACAAGCACCUGGUGAAGAUAGUGAAGUUAUAUUAUACCCACAAGCAAUUUUCAAGGAUCCUUUCCGUGGAGGUAACAAUAUCUUGGUAAUUUGUGAUUCAUAUACACCAGCUGGUGAGCCCAUUCCUACAAACAAGCGCCACAGAGCUGCUGAAAUUUUUAGCAACCCAAAGGUGUUGGCUGAAGUUCCAUGGUUUGGGAUUGAGCAAGAAUACACCUUACUUCAAACAAAUGUGAAAUGGCCUUUGGGUUGGCCUGUUGGAGGGUACCCUGGUCCUCAGGGUCCAUAUUAUUGUGGAGCUGGAGCUGAUAAGUCAUUUGGCCGUGACAUCUCAGAUGCUCACUACAAGGCUUGUUUGUAUGCUGGCAUCAACAUCAGUGGCACAAAUGGGGAGGUUAUGCCAGGCCAGUGGGAGUAUCAAGUUGGUCCUAGUGUAGGAAUUGACGCUGGAGAUCACAUCUGGUGCUCAAGAUACCUUCUUGAGAGAAUCACUGAACAAGCUGGUGUCGUUCUCUCACUUGAUCCUAAACCCAUAGAGGGUGACUGGAAUGGUGCUGGGUGCCACACCAAUUACAGUACAAAGAGCAUGAGAGAGGAUGGUGGCUUUGAAGUUAUAAAGAAAGCAAUAUUGAAUCUCUCACUCCGUCAUAAUGAGCAUAUUAGUGCCUAUGGUGAAGGAAAUGAGAGAAGGUUGACGGGAAAGCAUGAAACAGCAAGCAUUGACACAUUUUCUUGGGGAGUGGCUAAUCGUGGUUGCUCAAUUCGUAUUGGGCGUGAAACUGAGAAGAAAGGAAAAGGCUACUUGGAGGACAGGCGUCCAGCGUCAAACAUGGACCCGUAUGUUGUGACAUCGUUGCUGGCAGAAACUACAAUACUGUAUGAGCCAACCCUCAAGGCUGAAGCACUUGCUGCUCAGAAGCUGGCUUUGAAGGUCUAAAUUAGCAGAGAAAAUUGAAGGGAGCUCAAAGAGGCUGGCACUUGGAUCUAGUUAGCUCAUUCAGGGGAAAGUUUUUGCCCUUUUCCUUUUAGGUCUUUCAGGUGUAAUCCCAAGUAAAUAAAGGUCCUGAAAUGAGUCUAUUCAUGUGCUGGUCUUUAAAAUGCAUCUUAGAUAGAAGAUAUCCCCAGCAUCAGAAUGUUUACCGAUUCAGUUUCGGUUUGUAGGGAUUUUACAUGAUGUUUGGCAUGGUUGAUUUUGAACCCUUCCCAGUAAUUCUUGUCUCUUUUCAUAUUUUUCCAUGUUCGGUUAAAACAAUGCCUGCUGCAAUGAAACUUUAUUCUUUAA